UACACAAGUGUGGGAUUUCAUUUUAAAAUAAAACAUUACCAAAUAAUUUCAAGUUAUCGCGUGUUAUUAAACACUAAUUUUUAAGUACAUAAAUCAUAAUAAUAAUUUAAUUAAUUAAGAUAAAAUUCACGUUAAUAAAAUAAAGUUUAGAUAAAAUAUAAAAAUAAACAUGAUAAAUAUAAAUGUCAUUUAAAUUUACCGGUUUCAUAAUAAAAAUUAUCACUUUGUUUUAUUGUUAUUUAUUAUUAUAAAAAAAAAAUACAUUUUUUAAUUAAUUAACAUCAUGAAUAAUUUAUUGACCACGCGAUUUAUUUACUGGCAUGCAGUUUGUCGGCACAAAAUUAACAAACAGCAAUUAUUUAUUGCUAACAGAUUAAUGAGCGCGAAAGAUUCAAGUUCUUCAGAUUCAUCAGAUUCAGAUACAAUUCAAAAUGAAAGAAUUAAAAAAAUAAUGAAUAAAAAACCUGUUGAAAGAAAGGAAGAAGAUAAACAACAAACUCUUGAUUUAUUGAAUAGUUUGUUGACUAAAAUGACUGAGGAACCAGCAAAAACAAAAACUAUUCGAGCGAUUCCGAAAAGAGAACCACGACCUAAGCCACGAAAGGAACCAGAAUUAGAAGAAAAGAUUAUAGACGCAGCUAAAGAGGCUGCGGCGGUUCUAGGAGGUGACAAAGCAAAAACUGAAGCUGAAUUACUUGAUAAAAUAUUUUCAGCUGGUAAACCGACAGUGGCAACACAAGAACCGGAUGCCCCAAAACCAACCAAACCAUCAGAUAUGUCUCUAGAAGAAUUAUUUGCUGGGAUGAAAAUAGAGCGAAAGCCACUCGCAUCCAGUUCAACAGGAUAUGAAUUAUUUUCAAGAUCAUCGCGAGUUCAACAAUUAUUGAGGAAACAGAAACCUACGGGAGAGUUUACUGCAAUGAGUCGAAGCCGACGUCCAGACCAGCCUGUGAACUUGUACGGAGGCACUCGCUUAAGUCUUUUUGAUCGUGUAACAAAAACUGCACCUGAGGAUUCUCAAAUGUUGAACAGAUGGAAAUCUUUAGAGAAAAAAGAAUUAAAAUUGAUGCUGGUUCAUCCACCAGAAAAUGUAUUUGAAGAAAUGAUUCAGUGGACAGAGAAAGGAAUCCUGUGGAAAUUUCCCAUCAACAAUGAAAUAGAAAUGGAAGAAGAAGAAAGCGUUCAUUUUUCGGAGCACGUAUUUCUGGAACGUUACUUAAAAGGCUGGUGUCCAAAAAAGGGACCGAUUCGUCAUUUCAUGGACUUGGUUUGUAUCGGUCUUUCGAAAAAUCCCUAUAUGACCGUUCAAGAAAAGAAGAAUCAUAUCUUGUGGUACAAAGAAUACUUUGGCGAGAAACAAGAGCUAUUGAAAGAAAUUGGAGCUAUUGAUAAUGAAAUUAUUCCCGAUAAAACAAAUCAAAUUCAACCAUAAUAAGUUUUAUGUAAAUAUUAAAUACUUCAUUAUUUGAAAUUUGAAUUAAUAAUAAGAUUUAUCACUGAGAUACUUGUAAUUUAUAAACGUUGAGUAAAAAAAAAAAUGAAACCGUUUUCAUUUAAAUUU